ACUUGUAUCUGCCUGCUUACUUGAAUAAACAUUCUACCUGUCUCAUAAACAGUUUAACGCUGAAUAUUUGAGAUAAAAGAUAGUUAAUAAUUGAUACUUUCACAUCAUGACCGAGUACAGUAUAUGCAGUAGACAGGAGAGUACUGAAAGUUUGACAUCAUCGUCUGCCGUCACAAGCGAAGAAUAUUCAGACGAUGAUAAAGAAAAAGACGGCUACGGUAUACAAGAUUUCAAUAUUAUCAAGACUAUAGAAAGAAAACGCUUUCAGACAGAGAAAUUCAAGAUCUGGCUGAUAAUUUGAGCGACAUAAGCGUAGAUGGUUGUUAAAAUGAUGAAGAUCUUCUAGAUGAAGAAAUGGAAUAUAUUCCUGAUUUUACUACAGAUAACUUCAAGGCACAGGAUACCUACAAUGCUCAAGAAAAUAGAGACGAGAGUGACUUUAUUAUUGAAAAUUUACCAAUACUCUUUGAAGCUGAUAACAUCCUACUAGAAACUUUGGAAGUAAACAAUACUACAGUCUUGACUUCAAAUAACUGCGCUCAAAGUUUCAACUCUAAACCAAUUGACAGUCCGCUAGCAGAUUUAGGCAAUUCACAAAAUAACACCCCGAGAAGAGCCGUUCGUUUUAAGCGCGUUAUUACUCCUACUGCUGAAUCAACAAGCUCAAGUAACAACAAAGAUGGAAAUUUACAACAAAACGUACUGGUACAUUUGGCAGAGUUCUUCUGUGUAAAAAUAAAGAAACGGAUGAAUAUGGCGCUAUGAAAAUAUUAUGCUUGGCGGAUGUAAUAAGAUUGAAACAAGUAGAACAUGUUAAAAACGAAAAGAACAUUCUACAAGAAAUUAGGCAUCCUUUUAUUGUUAAUUUGUUAUGGUGUGACAGGGACGAAAUCUGUAUUUACAUGCUGUUCGAAUACGUUUGCGGUGGAGAACUAUUUUCUUACCUCAGAAAUGCUGGCAGAUUUACGUCAUCCACGGCCAAUUUUUACUCGUCAGAAAUAAUUUCAGCUUUGGAGUACCUCCAUUCAAAACGUAUAGUCUAUAGAGAUUUGAAGCCCGAAAAUUUAUUGCUAGACAAGGAUGGUCAUUUAAAAAUAACAGAUUUUGGAUUCGCCAAAAAACUCACAGAUAGAACUUGGACAUUGUGUGGUACACCUGAAUAUUUGGCACCCGAAAUUAUACAGAGCAAAGGACACAAUAAAGCAGUUGAUUGGUGGGCUUUAGGUGUUCUGAUCUACGAAAUGUUAGCUGGUUACCCUCCAUUUUACGAUGAUAACCCAUUUGGUAUUUACGAAAAAAUUCUCAGUGGUAAAAUCGAGUGGCCUAGACAUCUAGAUACAGUCGCCAAGGAUCUUAUAAAAAAAUUGUUAGUACAAGACAGAACGAAAAGACUGGGAAACAUGAAGUGUGGUGCUGAUGAUAUCAAAAGGCAUCGUUGGUAUAAAGGAAUAGACUGGUACGAUGUAGUUCAGAGAAAACUUACUCCACCCAUAAUUCCCAGAAUAAGUUACGAUGGUGAUUCAAGUAAUUUUGACGACUACCCUGAAGAAGAUUGGAAAUCAACAAGGACGUUGGAAGAGUCAGAAUUGAAAUUAUUUGAAGAUUUUUGAAGUCCAUAAUGUUUAUUUCAUUAUGUAUUAUUGGAACAAUGAGUUUAUUUUUGGUGAAGUAAUCUAGUAUGAAACUACUCUUCUUGGUCAAUUUUAAUUAAUAUUGUUGAUUGUUCAUUGGCAUUUAUAAAUAUGAAUUGACAUUAACAAAUCUGAGAGAGAAACAAUCAUAAUAAGUAGAAUUUAAAUAAGUAUUUCAUUUUUGUUUCAUGGGUUUGGAUGCAUUACUGCUGUACUGAAACGAGAUAAUAAUAAUAAUAAUAAUAAUAAUAAUAAUAAUAAUAAUAAUAAUAAUAAUAAUAAUAAUAAUAAUAAUAAUAAUGAUAAUAAUUAGGAAGCCUAACAGAGUACAAGAAUUGUGCACAACCCUCUAAAUGCUUGAGAAACCACAUCAGAAAAUUAUUCAAGAAAAUAGGUACUCACACACAGCAUCCAGAACAUCAAAAACAUUUGCGUGAGUAUAUCGAUCUGCUUCAGCACAAGCUGAAAGCGAAGUCGAAAUAUUGAGUGUACAGAGAAAAAGCUACAGAAUAAUACUUUUCAUAGCAACCAAAAAGUAUUUUACAGGAAACUUGUAGCUACUCCCCAUAAAUCACCAAUCAACCUAUACCAUCGAAACUGACAUUGGAAAAGUAUUGGUCUUCAUUGUGGUCAACUCCCAAAAUUCACAAGAGAAAUGCCAACUGGAUAGCAGCCGAAGAGAUACGAUUAAAUAUUGCUCCGAUUCAGUUUGAUGAUUUCACACUGAAAGAAAUCACUGACGUAAUCCAAAAUACUAACAACUGGAAAGCACCGGGAGUUGAUAAUAUCCAAAACUUCUGGUAUAAGAAAUUCCCGAGCGUAUACAUGGAAUUAGCGAAGCAAUUUUCUCCCUUCCUACAUAACCAAGAAGAUAUUCCAACGUAUUUAGCACUGGGUUCCACUCAUUUGCUUCCAAAGAGCUCUCAGAAGGAUGAUCCCACUAAGUACAGACCUAUCACGUGCCUACCCACUUUAUAUAAAAUACUUACAGCUUGUAUCACUAAAAGAAUUUAUAGGCACGUCAAGGAAAAUAACAUCUUAGCAGAGGAAGAGAAAGUUUGCAGAAGAGAUCAUCAAGGGUGCAAAGAACAGCUUAUCAUGGACUCUGUGAUACUUCGGCAAGCACAGAAAGAUCACCGAAAUAUACACACUGCUUUUGUGGAUCAUAAGAAAGCGUUUGAUAGUGUACCUCAUUCCUGGCUUGUGGAGGUCUUGCGGAUUUAUAAAGUUCACCCAACUAUUCUACAAACGAACCAACAUCUUGAAAUCGGUCCAAAUUCCCUCAGUACUGACGAAAUACCCAUUCAUAGGGGAAUAUACCAGGGCGACUCCCUGAGUCCGUUAUGGUUCUACCUUGCAAUUAAUCCCCUAUCUACCAUUCUCAAUGAUACAAAGUACGGAUUCAACAUUAAAGCAAACACAGACACCAACUGUACCAUCUCCCAUCUUUUUUAUACGGACGAUAUCAAGCUAUACGCAGCAAAUAAGCGUCAAAUCAAUCACCUUCUCGAUAUAACACAUCGAUUCUCUACCGAUAUACAUAUGGAGUUUGGAGAAACCUUCAAAUACCUAGUCUUUCAACAGGCUAAGUUGCUGGACCACAAGCAGGCAAAAGCUAGAAUCCAGGAUCAAUACACCAAAAGGAUGAAGUCACUUAUGCAAUCCGAAUUAAAUGCAGGCAACUUAGUCCAGGCAAUCUACACCUAUGCCAUAGGUACCUGUUUUAACGUACUCUUUUGGAAUCCUGAAGUGGACGAAAACAGAGCUAGAGAACAACCACCACCCGAAGUCAUCCACUAUUAAAACAACAUUACCCCGAAUGGAGGGUGGAAGAGGCUUGAUUGACCUUAUUAACCUGCACUCUCGACAGGUAAUGAAACUAGGUGAAUUCUUUCAUAUUAAAUCGGAAGUCUCAACUCUACACCGGAUUAUAUCCGAAGCGGAUAAGGAUUAUUUACCUCUCAACAUCGAAUCGCCAGAAUCUGACUUAAAUGUAGUAUUGGACACCGAAAAGCUGGAACAGUGGUCACAAAAGGCACUUCACGGUAGACAUCAUCAUGACCUCAAUCAACCGCAUGUGUCAAAGAAGCUUCGAACAGAUGGCUUACUAACGACAAUCUCUUUCCAGAGACUGAAGGCUUCAUGAUGGCUAUCAGGAUCAAGUUAUUAAAACGAAUAACAACAAGAAAAA